AUGGCGACGAGCCGCCUCACGAGCAGGGACCUGCUGGAUCGUUGUGAUGGUUUCCCCCUGGUCGAAAGGGAGCCUGAGAGAUACGCCAAGAUGAUGAAUGAUCUGUACACCGUCAUCUGGGAAGACGAGAAGGGCACAUUCCCGAUCGGCUACAUGUUGAGCAGCGUGUUUGAAGAGAUCAAAAAGGUGCCAGCAAGCAUCAGGGGAGAAAUUGUCUUCAAUCCUUAUGACAGGACGGUCAAGAUGUUCCAUAGGCCAGCGACGGAACGGAUGCGAACCGACCUCGUGGCUGCGACCACACAUUAUCUGCGGAUGCACCGAACCUUCAAGAUCCUUGGGAACUGGAGGAAUGAGCUGUGGCCCGUGUAUGGUCGCAGCGGAGAACUUUUGUUCAGCAUGGAGCGGUCGUCGAUGGGACUCUGGGGGUAUAUGCGGUAUGGCAUUCACCUCAUUGCGUACGUACGCUGCCCGACAGCACCCCAUGGGAUCAAGCUCUGGGUACCAAAACGAUCCAAGCUCAAGAAUGCGUGGCCUGGUAUGUUCGACAACACGGUGGCAGGUGGCCUGACGACAGGUGAAGAACCUUUGGAGUGCGUUAUUCGCGAGGCCGACGAGGAAGCCAGUCUGCCCGAGUAUAUAAUUCGCGAGCACGCAAAGCUGGCAGGUACCAUCAGGUACAUAUACACGACCGAACAACGACCUGGUAUUGAUGACGGGUAUAUCUACCCUGAGUGUCAAUGGGUAUAUGAUGUGGAGCUACCUGACGAUGUGGUCCCGGCCCCGAACGACGGGGAAGUUGAGUCGUUCAGUCUCUGCACGGUAGAUGAGGUCAGAGAGCAACUCGCGGCAGGCCGGUGGAAGCCAAACUGUGCUGUCAUUAUCCUUGACUUCUUCAUUCGCAUGGGCAUUCUCACCCCCGACAACGAGCCUGACUGCGAUGAGAUCGAAACACGUCUUCGUAGGAAGAUGCCUUUCCCUGGAACUUUCGAAGAAGACGAAUAA